UAGCAUAUCCCGGUCAGCGGUCUGAUCCCAACCGUCCGUUCCAACGGGAACCCCGCCCGAGGGUUUCUGAUCAAAAGAGGAGCGCUCGCUCGCGUAAAUAGCAAAUGCGCGCCCGACGCCACGACCAACACGUUGUCGAUUCUGAGCAGACGAAGAAGGUUUUGGCUUUCUGCUUCUCCCUUCGCCGCCUUCCUCUCCCUCGCGUUCGCUCGCGCUCCCGCAUUCCCUCGCGGAUUCGUCGACGGAGCUCGAGGUCGGCGGAGCGGAGCUGAGCUGACCUUCGAGCUUGCGAAGCAAUCGUCACCGGCACGGCGUCGCGGAUUCCCGUUCCUUCCGGCGCUCAUUUCCGCUCGGAGGAGGCUCUGCAUUUCGUUUCCGUUCGGCGGUUGAUCUCGAGGAAGGUUUGAGAUUGUGCUGUCAACAGGAGGAUUCUGUUGAUAAAUUUGCUCCCGCUGUAGCCGUCCAUCGGGAUUAGAGUUCCAUACCGUUAUUUUGGAAAUUUGUCGACACGAUCUCGCUCAAAGCCGCUUCGGUUGCUCGUUUCUAGGAUUCGGUUCCCUAGCUGACUUCGACAUGGCCCCGGCAUUGCAUCUUACGGGAGCUAAAGCUUCCGGUUCCCACUUGCUCGGUUCGAGGAGUUCUUUGCAACAAAGAUCCGUGCUGCCUCAGCGGCUUCAUUUCGCAACUUCUGCUGGUUCAAGUUCAUCAUUAUCUAGGAGCUUGAAGAACUCUUGUGGGAGCAGAGUUUUCAAAGUGAGCUGUACAGGAGCAAAUGUAGAUGUCCUGGAGAAAAGCUCGACCGUGGCUCAAAGCUUUGGCGAUUCUGAGAAUCAACUGUCCUGCGUCAUGAAAUUUGGUGGCUCUUCGGUAGCUUCUGCUGAGAGAAUUCGAGAGGUUGCUGAUCUUAUCCUCAGCUUUCCCAAUGAGAGGCCUGUGAUUGUUCUAUCCGCGAUGGGGAAGACGACUAACAGCCUUUUACAGGCUGGAGAGAAGGCUGUCAGUUGUGGUGUUACUAACGUGUCAUGCAUUGAUGAGCUAAGCUUUAUAAAGGAACUCCAUCUGCGGACUGUGAAGGAGCUUGGACUUGACGAAUCAAUAAUAGCAACUCAUCUGGAAGAAUUGGAUCAACUUCUGAAGGGAAUUGCUAUGAUGAAGGAGCUCACAUUACGGACUAGAGAUUAUUUAGUUUCUUUUGGGGAAUGCAUGUCCACGAGGAUUUUUGCUGCCUAUCUAAAUAAGAGAGGAGUAAAGGCCCGACAAUAUGAUGCCUUCGAAAUUGGCUUUAUUACCACUGACGACUUCACCAAUGCGGACAUCCUGGAAGCAACUUAUCCAGCUGUUGCAAAGAGGUUACAUGAUGAUUGGAUCACUGAUCCUGCAAUCCCGAUUGUUACUGGCUUCCUCGGGAAGGGCUGGAGAACUUGUGCAGUGACGACACUGGGUAGAGGUGGCAGUGAUUUGACAGCCACUACUAUUGGUAAAGCAUUGGGCUUACGCGAGAUCCAGGUGUGGAAAGAUGUUGACGGUGUCUUGACAUGCGAUCCCAACAUAUAUCCUCGAGCAGAGCCUGUACCAUACUUGACCUUUGAUGAGGCAGCUGAACUGGCAUAUUUUGGUGCACAGGUCCUCCAUCCUCAGUCCAUGAGACCUGCCAGAGAGGGUGAUAUUCCUGUCAGGGUUAAAAACUCCUACAAUCCUAAUGCUCCAGGUACCCUGAUAACCAGGGCGAGGGAUAUGAGUGAGGCAGUUUUGACCAGCAUUGUUCUGAAAAGGAAUGUUACUAUGCUGGAUAUUGUCAGCACUCGCAUGCUUGGUCAAUUUGGCUUCCUUGCAAAGGUCUUUUCUAUCUUUGAAGAUUUGGGCAUAUCCGUGGAUGUUGUUGCGACUAGUGAAGUCAGUAUUUCAUUGACACUGGAUCCAUCCAAGCUCUGGAGCAGAGAGCUAAUUCAGCAGGCAAGUCAUUUAUGUCGGUUGCCCUCUCACCAAUGCUUCAAUCUAACGUUACUGGCAUAUCUUUCUGAGCAGGAGCUUGAUCAUGUGGUGGAAGAACUCGAGAAAAUAGCUGUGGUGAAUCUCCUUCAACACAGAUCAAUCAUCUCACUCAUUGGGAAUGUACAGAGGUCAUCACUUAUACUAGAGAAGGUUUUUAAUGUUCUACGAACCAAUGGAGUCAAUGUCCAGAUGAUCUCUCAAGGAGCAUCCAAGGUCAACAUCUCCUUGAUCGUGAAUGAUGACGAGGCGGAGCAGUGCGUGAGAGCUCUCCAUUCGACAUUCUUCGAAAGUGACUUUACCGGGCUGGAUCAUGCAUACGGAAGUGGAAAUGGUUCUGCAGCUACAUCAUAACACCAUACACGGGGGUUUUGCAGUUUUAAAACUUCACCCAGAUUUGUUUUGAUGACCUAUUCUGGGAACUCAAUCCUGGGUUAGAGUCGAGAUGUAACAUUCUUGGGCUUAAUUUAAGGCGUAGUAGCCCAUGAUAUUGAUCAAUAAGUCUAUUAACUUAUCACAUUUUUCAUUUAGACGGUAUAGCCGAAGGUAAGGUUAAAUUCUCUCA